CUGGAUCUCUGACCAUCAUGAACAUCACAACCACAGAUGCUGGAGUUUAUCAUCUUGUCAUCAAUGGAAAAAACAGUGAUAAGAUCUUCAGUGUUACCGUUCAAUUUUUUUUCAGUGAUGGUAAAGAUGGAGUGUCAGUACUUUUGAUGGAGAGAGAUUCUGUUACUUUCCACACUGAUGUUAAAACAAACCAAGAAGGCAGAAUAAGAUGGUAUUUCAAUGACACUCGCAUCGCUCAGAUCAGUGGAGAUCUCAGUAAGAUCUGUACAGAUGUUCAGUGUAAUAAAGGUACUGAGAGAUUCAGAGACAGACUGAAGCUGGAUCAUCAGACUGGAUCUCUGACCAUCAUGAACAUCACAACCAAUGACUCUGGACUUUAUGAACUAAUCAUCAGCAGUAAAAACAGUGGCGAGGGUGACACAGCCUUCCAUUUUGGCAUCCAUGAUGUUUCUGCCCUUAAACUAGAUGAAAUGAAGGAGGGAGGAAAUGUCACUUUAUAUACUGAUGUAAUAAAAAAACCAAAAGAUGUGAUGACGUGGCAUUUUAAUGACAUUCCCAUCACUGGAGAUCAGAGUAAGAUCUGUUCAGAUGAUGAGUGUAAAGAGAGAUUCAGAGACAGACUGAAGCUGGAUCAUCAGACUGGAUCUCUGACCAUCAUGAACAUCACAAACACUGACUCUGGACUUUAUAAACUACUGAUUAACAGCAGCAGAUUCAGCAUCGUUAGGAACUUCACUUUUCUUGUUGCUAGUCCACCUUCAACUGCUGGAGAAGGAACACAUGCCACUGAGAUUGAUCGAGUUAUUAUUGGCGCUGUUGUUGUUGUUGUUGUUGUUGUUCUGCUCCUAGUUGCAGUACCAGUUGUGGUUUACUAUUGCCGCAAAAGAAGUAAAAAAACAAAACAAGAAGGCAAGUAUUACAUACAGCUAAUCUUACAGAAUGUAAAUAUGAGAUGUUUUGUUACAAAAAUAAUCUAUACAAAUUUGAAGUGUCUUUUUAUUUUAAACGACUGAAGUAAGAUUUUGUUUUAUUGUUUAAACAGGCACCACAGUGAAGGACAAUCAUGAUGAGGAGACUGGUGUAGCACAACGUUUUCUACCGGAGCAAAAUGAUAUUGAAAUGAGUGAUGUUAGUGGGAAGACUACUGAUCAGACUGUGGCUAUUGGGAGAUCACAGUAAUCAGUAAUCUGCAUCAACACCAGCGGCAUGAAGUUAUAGUCCAAACCAUUUUUAAGCAAAAUGUCCUUUUCCUUUGAAGUGAAGUCAUAGAAAUUGUGGAGCAAAUGGGAUCAUUUACUAUUAUUAUUUUUCCCAUUCACUACAGUAGAAGUUUAACAAACUGUGAUGACGAUCUUCUGAGAACAAAGGAGAAAAAAAGGUUCACAUGAAUUCUGAAAUUCUCUGUGAUGGGUCACUCGAGCUGCCACAAGAAUCAUUUUUGCCUUGAGAACAAAAAAAAGCUGACAUUUUGAAAAAGCUUUUUUUUUUUUUUUUUGUAAAUGUUUAUUGCAGUCUAUUUACUGACCAGUUCAUAAGAUCUAAAUGAGCACACUGGUGUUCAAAAGACACCAUUCAUUCAACACGCAUGUUUCUGAGUCCGACUGA